CAAAAAAUGCGCUCAUAUUCUGAUGCCUCUCUUGCACGAUACGCCAGAACUUUUCCCCGUGCGAUAUUGGACUAAGUACCGGUGGAAUAAUCUUUCGGUCCUGUUGCUAUCUCCAAGAUGAGUUAUAUGCAGAAGAGGAGCGCGAGGUGAAAGCAUUUUUCCCCUUUCUCGCACACAGCUGCAUCACGCAAGUGAAUGGUAGACUCGCAACAGCGCACGCCUCCAGAACAUCAUGUCUGCAGCAGACAACCCUUCUGCCACGAAUGGCACUGAAGCCACGACAUCAACGAAGUUGUCCUCAAUCCUUGAUCCCGCCAACUUCCCUCAAACCCUCUCUUCCGAGACCAUCUAUAUCUCCCUGGUCUACGAUCCACUUGACAGCCAAUCCUAUCUGCGCUUCACCCGCUCCCCCACUGCCGGUGCCAACGUUCUCUUCCUCGGAACCACCCGCAACAACUUUGACUCUCGGCCUGUCUCACGGCUGUCAUACUCAGCCUACCCAUCCCUGGCUCUAAAAUCACUGUACUCGAUCGCUGAGGAUGUGCAGAAGAAGCAUAGGCUCGAGAAGGUCGCGAUCGUGCACCGGCUGGGUGAGGUUAAGAUCGAAGAAGAGAGCAUUGCAGUUGCCGUGAGUAGCGGGCAUAGGGCGAGCGGCUGGACCGGGGCAGAGGAAAUUCUGGAGAGAGUGAAGGCGAGAGCGGAGAUCUGGAAGAGAGAGUGGUUUACUGAUACUGGGGAGGUGGAGGAAGGGGUUUGGAGGGCGAAUAGGGAUAGGGAUGGGCAGGGGAAUGUCAUCAACAACAAUACCUGAUCAUCAACCUACCUCAGCAAUGGGGCUAUCAUGGGCGUAAGCCGAGAACAACAGUUUUUCGACAUUGACGUGGCCCCAAUAUCGAAAAGGCAUGGCGAAGUGCAAGUCUCGACUACCUUAUGCGAUGUGGUAGCCUUGCUACACCUACAUCAAGGCUUGGCGAGAAAGCAUACCGACUCUAUCAUUUCUGCCGUUCUUCACCCUUCAAAUAUUAAAGAAGUGCAAUUUCUGCCAACAAUUCCUCAUCGGUGUCUGGUCAAACUAGCAUUCGGUUAGGGGCGUACUAGUGACGAAUUGUUGUCGACAUUAACCACCAACAACACAAAAUUCAUCCGGGUUCGACUCUCACUGUUGGCUAUAGUACGUCACAUGAUUACUUUCCAACUAGAAGGCUGCUUUGCGUCAGAUGGGGGGAGGGUGAUUCUGGGGGGUAUGAGAGCGCGCGCGGACAAGAAAUAGGUGGACUAGCGCUGAUAUGGAGUAUACAAUUGGGAUACAACGGGAUUUACAAUUUCAACAACUACUACCAACAGGAUCCGGAUCGAAAAAACCACCUAACCACUAGGGAGUUUCCCUCACCAGCCACCGUCUAGGAACACCAGUUCCUAGGCGCUGGCUGGCAGAGUUUUUUGUCUUCGUUCAAUGCUCGGAAGUUGGUAGGGUGUGAAUAAGAUUUUGCCUACUCAGGCCCUCCUGGACACGAUCAAAAGGCCACGCCAAAUUCACGGACGAGGGAACGGGCUAUCUACGCCGGCCACCGUUUCGCAUAUCCCACUGCUCCUUUCUAGCUCCUUGCCCGCGAUGGCACAGGCGGCGCUAUCAAAUCCACAGAUUGGGUAAUAUAUCGGCAGACGAGCAUCUCAGGAAAGUUCUCGUCAUAGCUACUCAACCGAGACGCUCGUGCAGAAAGGUGGGCUCGAAGCCAUGACGACUCUGAAAGUAGAAUGGUGGUUGGGAGUUUAAUCACAAGGUCCUCCAGACAAACGUCUUCGCUUGAAAAAGUGCCGCCCUCGAGCUGUUGAUGGUAUACGGGUAGACCAGCAACAGCUUCGCCAUCCGAGGGCAACCCUCAAAAUGGCUGUCGUUGCUUCGAUGGCGAGGCUCGUUGGCGCACUAACGUAGCCGCUGUCGAUACUGGAUUCAGAUAGCAUUCCCGGGCUUAGGAGAUGCGCUCCGCAGACAAACACAGGAUCGCGACAAUAUGUAAGAGCUGUCAAUGAGACGAGCAAUGGUUCAAUUCCUUGGAGGACGAUACGUGGUCAAGGAAACUGUGGUGUGAACCUCCUCGUUGGGUCUAGGCCACCAUGCAGAUGCGAUGACUCAGCUGGAGGAAGCUCUGCAAAGUAGAAUUACAUAUUUUCUUCUCGGCUCGGUGCCUUCAUUCUGCUUGCGAGCUUCUCUAAUCGGAUGUCAUCAACGGCCACCACGGUCGAAACUAUCAAG